AUGACGAGCGAGGGAAGCUAUUCAAGCGCAUCGCGGCGACGGAAUAUUCCGGGGACUCGGACGACGCGAAAGCGGGCGACGGCGGUCAUCUUCGCGUUCGCGGUGUGCGGCUGGGAAAGUCUGUUCGUGUCUCACGCAGAGGCGAAGGGCGUGACGGAGACGUGCGGAGGCGGUUUCGGGGUGAGAAAGGUGCAGAGACUCGGAAGAGAUGGAUUGGAGAUUUUGGUUCACGGUGAGCGCGCGCCGAUGACGGCUCGGGUGAACGAGCGAGAGUGCGCGACGAUGCGGGCAGCAAACGCGAGCGCGAGCGUGUGCAUCGUCCUAUCGGACGUCGAGUCGGCGCGUCGAGCGAUGAAAUUAGUGAUGACGUUGAGUGAGAAGGGUGGACGCGAUCAUGUGCAAGUCUGGGCCUCAACGCUUCCUCCGAGACUUAUUUGUGACAAGACAAACAACGAGAGAGAGACACUGCGCGCGCUGGAGACGUUCAUCGCGGCGGGCGCGAGCGGAGGCACGAGCGAGGUAGCAGUUCGUCAAAUCUUAGAUGUUUUCACCAUCGGUGACCGUGAGCAUGAGGAAGGGGAUGAUGUGAAAUUUUUCGUCUUGGAUGGGAUGGAUCGCGCAGUGACUCACAACUCGCCUGGAGAACUCAUCGAUCCGCCGCGCUCUGGAAGCGUGGACGUCAUUGAGCUCUCAAGUAACGCGGCCGAAGAGAUAGAUCGGCGACGGAAUGAGCUUUAUCGCAUCAAAUGCUGUGCGGGCGUUGGUAGAUUACGAUUCCUCCUGGAGAUCAACUCCGACGCGUGCACGGUGCGCUCGCCGAACAUGGACGUGAGCCGUCAUCUUCGACGUUCGUCGCACCGAUGCGUGGCAAAAGCGCUUGAGUAUCCUUACGCUGAUGAUAUCACGCUGGAAUUCUCCCAGAGCGAACGAGAGACGUUCGAGACGUAUCGAUCGUUCUACAAAGGUUCAUACGAGGAAAUGUUGUCAUCAAAGCGAGAGUUUCCGCUAAGUUUGCGAUUCGAUGCCGGACCGCGCAUGAAGGCGACGGCGCGUUUUCGCGGCGUCUCAUCGUUUCGAGACUGUAAACGCAGGAAAAGUCUCGCGGUGGAAUUACAUGGCGGGAGCGUGAGGUUGAUGCCCGGUUCGCUGAGUGACAAGUUUUUGCUCAUAUCGCUGUGCAUCGACGACCGAUACGUAAAGACGCACCUGGUACUUUCGAUGGCGAGGAAGCUUGGAUUAUUUCCUCAUCAAUUUCGAUACGUUCGACUACGAGUACACACCCGCGGGACACGAGAGUUCGAGCAUCUUGGUCUUUACUUACUCAUGGAUGACCCGAGAGCUUCGCUCGAGCGUCAGCACAACAGUCUAUCCAUUGUUGUACGCAGACGUUCGGACCCUGACCGUCGAACGAGCGAUCCGGACGCCGUACCGGACGUGAAGACGUUUGGAGACGGUCGAUCCGAAGUUGCUGAAAUCGCAGCCAGAGUUAAAUACGAAAGAGUCGUCCUCGCGAGUGAGCUUUGUGAUAGCGACGCGUGUUAUGAUGAUUUGAACGAGCUAAUGGACGUGGAUCUAUACCUACGAUUCAUUGCUCUCAUGACGUUGGUCCAAAACGGUGAUUACGUGGAUGAACUUUUCUUGUAUUCGUCGAACGACUUGACACAUAGAUUCAAAAUUCACGCGUGGGAUCCGGACGACUCGUUCGAGACGUGUCAUCAUGGAGGCAUCGACGCGAUUGGCAGCUUCGAUUGGUUAUACUGUAGCGAGGGCGCGAUCGAUCGAGUGCUUCUCAGAUCAAACGACAUGGUAGUGAGAUACCUCGAACAAUUCAACUACGUAGUGCGGAACGGAAUCACAGAGUUGGAGCUUCGUGAAAUCGUAGACUAUCAAGAGCGAGAGAUAAGGCGUUUGCUCGUGAAUGACGUAGACGCUCGAGGUCUAGAAGAACUGCGAAAGAUGCAGCCAUCCAUCGAUACUGCAAGCGAGGCCAUCGAUUCAAUUGUCGGUUCGUUGAGAUAUUAUGAAAAUCUCGUCAAUUUUCGACGGCGAGCCUUACUACGCGAUCGUGACGUGUACGCUGUGUGGGAUCCAGCAAGCUCGACCGAGUGGACCAAGUUGAACUCGACCUGCAUACCUAUCGACGUGCAAGCGCGGUCAUACAGUAAAGUUGAUCAAGAGAUAUUACUUCGACUCAAUCACACGGGCUCUUUCGCGCUUAAUGUAUCGUUUGAUCCGACGGUAGUGUUUGAAAAUUCAACCUACAUCGCCACGCAAGAGGAGUUCGUGCUUGAGGCUUGGUCACUGAGCGUUGAGACACCUUCGUGCAUUGAAGGGGUAGUCAGCGACGGCUUCAUCGUUAUCAGUUCCGUGUGCGACAAUCAAGUUACCGGAUCUGUGAUUUACAGCGUGCAUCAUCGGUUCUAUCACUCGUUCGCAAACAUCAACUCUCCUCGCUCGAUGACGGUGCAAACUAUGCGCGGUUGCGGUGUUUCGAUCUAA